CCGACCCGGCGGAACGUAAGUGAAGGCAGCGCGCGUGGCCGGGGGAGGAGCCGCAGCAUGGCGCCCCCGGCCUCGGCCGCCAGCCCCCGGGUCUUCUUCGAUGUGGACAUCGGGGGCGAACGAGUUGGUCGAAUUGUCUUAGAGUUGUUUGCAGAUGUUGUGCCCAAAACUGCUGAAAAUUUCCGUGCACUAUGUACAGGAGAAAAAGGGAUAGGGCCUACAACUGGAAAACCUCUUCAUUACAAAGGAUGUCAUUUCCACAGAAUUAUUAAGAAAUUCAUGAUCCAGGGUGGAGACUUCUCAAAUCAAAAUGGCACAGGUGGAGAAAGUAUAUAUGGAGAAAAAUUUGAAGAUGAAAACUUUCAUUACAAGCACGAUCGGGCAGGGCUGCUGAGCAUGGCAAAUGCGGGACCUAAUACAAAUGGCUCUCAGUUCUUCAUCACAACGGUGCCAACCCCUCACUUGGAUGGGAAACAUGUGGUGUUUGGUCAGGUGAUCAAAGGAAUGGGUGUUGCGAAAAUAUUAGAAAAUAUUGAAGUGAAUGGAGAAAAGCCUGCAAAGUUGUGCAUUAUUGCAGAAUGUGGAGAACUGAAGGAAGAUGAUGAUUGGGGAAUUUCCCCAAUGGAUGGCUCUGGAGACACUCACCCAGAUUUUCCUGAAGAUUCAGAUGUGGAUUUAAAAGAUGUUGACAAGGUUGUGUCCAUAGCAGAAGAUAUAAAGAAUACAGGAAAUACUUUCUUCAAAUCACAGAACUGGGCAAUGGCAACUAAGAAGUACACCAAGGGUUUACGGUAUGUGGAGGCUUCUAAAGCCAUAGCGGAGAAGUCAGAUACAGCAAAGUUGAAUCCUGCUGCUUUGACCUGCCUUUUAAAUAUUGCUGCUUGUAAACUGAAAGUGUCAGACUGGCAGGGAGCUAUUGAAAGUUGUUGUGAGGCACUUGCAAUAGAUCCAGUAAACACCAAAGCACUUUACAGACGGGCUCAAGGCUGGCAGGGAAUAAGAGAUUUUGAUCAGGCACUGGCUGAUCUUAAGAAGGCUCAAGAGAUAACACCUGAAGAUAAAGCUAUUCAGACUGAAACAAUCAAAGUGAAACAGAAGAUAAAGGCUCAGAAGGAAAAGGAAAAAGCAGCUUAUGCUAAAAUGUUUGCUUGAGUGAAGCUUUUUUCCUAUUAAACUUUAGGCACUGAAUGACUCAUACAGGAGGAGUGUUUACAGUAUUGUAUGGGAUAGAAGCAAAUGUUACUUCUGUUAUCUGAACCAUAUUGCAAUUGAUUAUUUCCAAUGUUUACCAUUUAAACUGGAGUUCAAUAAAGUUAGAAAUUAAAAAUAGAUGUUAAUUGUUUUUAUAGCUAAAGUGACUCUCAGAAAAUAAAAUAAUACUUAACCAUA